CGCUCUGUUCAUUACCUUAGUUUGCCCUUUCUCUCUCUUCUCUCUCUCUCUUCUUUCUCUCACUUCUUUCUCUCACAGGCCAUCUCGAUCCUUACCCUUUCUCCUUCAGUGUCCUUUGACCUUGAAUCUCACCACCACACUCGCAGUACCUGCACUUACAAACGCAACUGACACGUCAAGCGUCACGGAUCGACGAGCCCCACAGCCCUUCUCGUGGCCGUUGCCCGUUUCGACAUCACUAUUCUCGCCCAACCGUCAAUAUGGAUCAGCUUCUCACCAAUCUCUGGACAAGAGGUGGUUGGUUCCGUGCCUUUACACCACCUUCUUCCGCCGCCAACGAUAAUAUUACCGCUGUCCAAGAUGAGCUGUCCAAGGGAGCUCCCAUCCUCAACGUCUCAUCGGAUAUCCUGCUCCUAGUUGGAGACUACUUGGAUGCUUCGGAACUCCUUUGCCUCAAGCUUGCUUGUCGAAGCACUUAUGCACUCUUCUCGCAGAGCUACAAGACAAUGCGCCCCAGCCAAAAGAAGCAGUUCCUCCCCCUCAUCGAAAAGGAUCCCCUGGGCAGAGGGACCUUCUACUGUGCCCCUUGCAACAAGCUACAUCCUUUUCAGCAAACCACUGGACCUCAUUCAAAAUUAGAAGACGCUGGAGAGAAACGCAAGCACAACAAAUGUUCAGGGCGAGAUCGAUUCUCUCCCCUCAACAAUCCAUUUGGCCUUAGCUACGCCCAUGCUAGGCUGGCUGUGAAUCGUCACUUAUACGGCGCCGAACACGGCAUCCCGCUAGCUAAUUUGUGCAUCGAGCACAGCGAACAGCGAGGCAUGACCACCAUCAAAUGUUCAACUUCGGCCAAGAUGAUGGAUGGCGAGCUGUUCCUGCAGCGCACUUACGCCUUCGCUGUGGCUGAGACCGAUGUGGCCGAUUUCCGCAAAUGUACUGGCGCGCGCGACUUCAAGCUGUGCGAGCACACCUCGUUCUUUUCCGGCUCUUCGGCCUUUCGCCAAUACAUUCCAGAGCUGCAGAGGAAGCCACUUACUGGCGGCGAUGACCUGGUCCCCUGCCGCGAGGCGACGGGAUCCUGUGGCUUAUGCCUGAUGGACUAUGACAUCACAAUCGAGCCUUGCAUACUUGCAAACAGCGGCAUCAAGUCGUGGAGAAUCGUCAUCAGAGCUAUUCACCAGCUCGGCGCUUGCCGCUCUCCUGAAGACUGGAAAUGGGCACGGUUCACCGAAGCUUGCCGACAGCAUCUCUUCUUCCCGAAUCGACCUAAUCGUCGCGGGUCAGCUUACAAUCCUGGCAUGGUCAAGAAGCGAUGGGCUGACGAUGAGAUGGAGGCUUGCGCAGUGCUGGACGGACGAGAGUCCAAUAGGGGCUUUUUUGGCUUGUCUUUUCUCAACUAGGCGGCCUUGUACGGCAACCAUGGUUGGCUUCGCUUUGUCGGAAUGCUGCACACGUUGCCAGGCAUGAAACACACGCGGAUGCAACUAUUACACAAAAGACAUCCGGUGCUACCGCAGCUCUGGCCUUAGCGAGUACAUUUAUGUACAAACUCCGAAUCAUGCGACCACGACAUACGGAGUGCACGGAGCAUUAUGCAGCCUAUCCCUUUGCGGCCAAAAAACGACAUCCUCAUCCGGACAUGGGGAUAUCUUCCUCUAUUUGUUUUGUUCUACUACAGCCUUAGCGCGUUGUUGAUCCUUUUAUUCGCUGGCACGACAUGAAAAUAGGCAUCUAUUAAACGGGAUUUGAAUUUGAGAUAUCAUGAUAUACGACCUUGCUA